AUAUAUGUACUGUAAUAAUAUCAUGUAGGCAAUUAGUUGGCAAUUAUACGAUAUAGCACGAGAUUAACAACUAAAGUGCACGGGUGACCAAUCCAUUUUUAUCGCAUAAGUAUAUCAACUUCCGGCAGCGUCGUCGAUGCCUCAAAAAAAAAAAGAAGAUAGUAGACUCGUUCACUCGUAGUCCGUAGAACUCGUUAGACGCUGUCGAGACGUUCGCGUGGCACACGAGACAUAAACGGUUCGGUAAUCGGUACAUUAUACAAUAAUUUUUUGACUUUUGAGUACAUGUAAAAAUGAGUAAAUUACUAUUCAUUAAUUCAAAUCGUGGAAAAGCUGCAGCCAUUUUCCAAAAGUAUUUUUAUACAGAAAGGAAAAUUCUGAAAAAUGGUGAGAUUAUAUUUAUGUGUCCGAAAAAAGAUUGCUAUGCCUCAAUAAAAAUUGAUGAACACCGACGUACGGUGUUGGAAAUACGCGGAGAACACACACGUCAUCUCCAAUUGACGGAUUCGGAGAUAGAAAAACACGAAAGAUGUGGGCAGAAAUUCCAUCAACUUUACCUAAAACUACUAAUGGACCUGAGGCAUUUCAUUCGCAUUAUAAUGCACAAUUUUACAGUACUCAUCCUUCAAUCUGGAAAGUAGGUAUGACAUUUUUAUAAAUUAUUAAUUUACUAAAAUUUAAUAUAUUUUGUUUUAUAUACUUAGGUAAUAGAAACGU